AAAUGAAGUUACUCUUCUUUCUCUUUGGGUUAAUAUUUGCUGUAGAGCAAGAAAAACCAUAUCUCGAUAAUAAUAGAGUCCCAGUUGAGCAAAUCCUGAAUGACCAUUCUUCGGCCAAAUUCGACUAUACCUAUGUGUCAGUCUGUGUAAACUCUACAGAUGAGACUCUUUUGGAUAUUGUAUACGCCAAGGAAUGCAAAAACGCAGCAUCCCGUGUUGCUCUGGGAAAAUACUCAAACCAGGUGAACACCACCGGAUGGGGAAUUCUCGAGAUUGAAACAUUCGCCAGUCACUCAUAUGAUGUUCAAGCAUACGGAGCAGGAGUUGCAGAAGGAGAGCUCACUCGCCUUCAAAUCUACUAUCACUAUCGUAAUACUAUUGAGACAAUGUGCAAUAAUCAUACCUUGUUCUGCAAACGUCUCUACAUUUAUCUUCAACAAAAUUUGGACUGGAUGAGAAGCCAAGUUCAGGCCAAUCCACCGACGGAUCCAUUCUGGCGUCAGGUCAAUUUGACAUUUGCUCAGCUCACCGGAAUCUACGAUGCCUAUAGCAAGAGAAAUUUGACACCAGAAAUCGGAUUUGAUCUUCACCCAAUUUACAUGAUGCAACUAGCCGGAGAUAUGUUUGACCUGAACAAGCUUCUCAACAAAACCGCCGACCCGAUGGAGUACCCAGAAGGUGGAAGAUGCUCCGGAUUCGUCAAACUUGCUCCAGGGAACAAGGACAUGUUCAUGGCUCAUGUCUCAAUGUCUUCUCUCAGUUGGAUGCAGAGAGUUCUCAAAAUUUACAAGUUCGGAUAUGACGUCAACGAGGUUCCCGGGCAUAUUGUUACUUUCUCCGGGUACCCGGGAGUAUUGAUUUCCACCGAUGACUACACUAUCACCUCUGCUGGAUUGACCUCUAUCGAAACGACAAUUGCGAUUUUCAACCAAACCCUGUAUACUGACAAGUUCAUGAAACCAGAAGGACAAGUUCACUGCUGGAUCCGAUCGAUGAUCUCGAACUUGCUCUCAAGAACCGGGAAACAAUGGGUUGACAUGUUCGGACGGUACAAUUCAGGAACCUAUAACAAUCAGUGGACGGUGUUGGAUUGGAAACAAUUCACUCCUGAGAAGGAGCUCCCCGACAAGGAUGUUCUUUGGAUUUCCGAGCAGACACCUGGCUACUACGAGACCCGUGACAUGACAUGGUACCUGAAGAAGUACACCUAUUUCGCCUCUUACAACAUUCCAUUCCUUCCAAAAGUCAGCGAGAUCUCCGGUUUUGACAACAAGGCCAGACAAUUUGCAUGGUUCGAUUGGGGAGGCUCCCCACGUGCAAGAAUCUUUGAUAGAGAUCAUUCAAAAGUCACUGAUAUUGAUUCAUUGACAAAAUUGAUGAGAUACAAUGAUUAUACUCAUGAGGAGUUUGCAAGAUGCAAGUGCACACCCAAUCCGUAUACUGGAGAGGGAGGUAUCUCUGCUCGUGGUGAUUUGAACACUCCCGGAGGUACUUACGAAGUCGAAUCAAUGGGAUUCAGAGAUCAUGCUGGACUUGAUUUUAAGGGAACCAACUAUGAAAUGUUCAAGAAAAUGAGAUUCCGUGCAUGGGGUGGACCACCAUAUGAUCCUCUUCCAGUUUUUGACUGGAAUCACACAAAUCUAACAAACGUUCGUCACUUUGGUCAGCCAGAUGUCUGGAAUUUUACCUAUGUUGAUUUGGAAUGGCAACUUGCAGCACAAGUUCAACUGACACCAUAUGAUAAUUAGAUUUCUACCCCAUUUUUAUUCUGAUGACCCAAUUUUUAUACAUUUUAAAUCAAUUUUUCACUCCUAAAUUUUGGUGUAGAAGCUUUUAAUGAAACGGUUUUUCGAAACGAAAUGAAAUUCGAGUGGAUGGUUAGUCUGACCUCAAAAGAGUUGGCAGUUAAGUUUAAUGAAGCAAAGAACUGAAAGAAA